AUGUAUCGUCAAAUUUUAAUAAAUUCUGAACAUAGACCUUACCAACACAUUCUUUGGCAGUUUUCACCUACCGAUGAAGUCCGUGAUUAUGAACUAAAUAUCCAGUAUAUUUCCGAACAUGAUUGCGACAAAGAGAUUGCAGUAAAAGAAGUGUUACAGUUACAGACGUAUGUUGAUGACAUUUUUAUGGGUGCAGAUUCUGUCGACGAAUUGUUGAAUUUUAAAACCGCAUUAAUUGACAUUUUGAAACGCUCUGAGUUCCAUUUAAAGAAAUGGCUUAGCAAUUCUGACAGAGUGUUAGAUAGUAUUCCUUCCGAAGAUCGAUUGGUGGAAUCAAUUGCAAUGGAUGCGAUUGAUGAUGGAAUCCCAAAAGUGUUAGAUCUUCAAUGGAAGCCUUUUGACGAUUGUUUUAGCUAUACCAUUAAAUUAGAAGAUAAGGCAGUUCCUUUAAAAAUACGUGUGUUAUCUGUGAUUGCUAGGUUGUUUGAUCCACUUGGCUUUCUUAGUCCGGUAGUGUUUUACGUUAAGCAUUUGAUGCAACGUAUAUGGUUGUCGAAGGUCACUUGGGACGAUCCAUUGCCCAGUGGUAUUGAUGGAGAAUGGCAACAAUUCUUGGAGGAAUUACCAAGGGUGUCUGUUAUUGCCAUACCUCGAUUUUGCUGUACGUUUCCGACACUAUCUUGUCAGUUAUGCGGCUUUUGUGAUGCGUCGGAGCGUGGAUAUGCCGUGUUAGUUUACUUGCGGAUUAUAACAGCUUCUAAUGGUGUGCAAGUAUUUUUAUUAGGGGCCAAGUCUAAAUUGGCAGCCAUGAAGAAAUUGUCCAUUCCCCGGCUUGAACUAUGUGGUGCCUUGUUACUUGCCCGGUGGAUGCCCAGGAUAUAUAGUGUUCUUUGUAAGAGGCUGUCUAUUGAUGGUGUAUAUGGCUGGUCCAACUCUUCUAUGGCUUUGUCAUGGAUCAUUAACACUCAAUUGCAAUUUAAAAUCUUGGUGUCAAAUAGAGUUCACCAAAUACGAGAGUUGAUUCCCCAGUGCAUUUUGAAGCACGUUCAAACCUCUUCUAAUCCCGCAGACUGUGUUUCUCGAGGAUUGUCUCCGGCUGCCUUGAUCAACAUGUCACUUUAUUGGCAAGGUCCAGGAUUUUUGUCACAGCCGAUAUCAGAUUGGAAUAAUGACAUUCCAAGUGUAGUUCCCGAUGACAUUCCUGAAGUCAAGCUUGUUGCUAUGUCAGUACAGUCACCGGCACCCGUUGUCGAAUGGAUUAAUAGACUUUCGUCGUAUGACAAAAUGCUCAUUGUUGUCGCUUGGGUUCGACGAUUUAUAGGUCGCUGUCGUCAACAAACGUUUUUGACUCCAUACCCUAGCCGAGUAGAGCUUUAUGAUGCAUUAAACGUUGUUGUCAAGUUGUCUCAGCGUGAGUUGUUAGGGCAACUAAGACAUGAAUUAAGUUUAACUCGAACUCUUUCAAAAGCAUGGUCCCAUCUGCGCCCUUUCAUAGAUGAACGUGGUGUGGUAAGAGUAGGUGGUCGAUUAUCUCAUGCUCAGAUUUCAGAGGAACAAUAA